UAUCAUUGAGGCGGCAGCUCUCUCUGUGAUUGGACCAUUCAGUAAAGCAGCGCUUCCUGAUCCAUUUGUUUUUAAAGCGGCGGUUCGGUGGGAAAGUUUAACGGUGGAUCAACAUGUCAGCCAGGAGCGGCUGGAGCCUGGCUCUGCUCGUCGUCUUCUGUCUUUUUGUGACUAUACAUUGUAAGUUUCCCACUCUGGACCACCUCAAACCAAAAGCCAGCGAGAAGGCGCAGGGCAGAGCCGUGGUCGCCCUGCUGAAGCGGCUGCUCGGGGACAGAUCCACGGAGUUCAUAGUGUCUGUCAACACGAGCCUCUCCAACGACAGCCUGGAUGUGUGUGAGCUCAGGUCCACCACUAACAACAAGGUAGUGGCUGCAGGCAGCAGCGGGGUGGCCGUGGCCUCUGGCAUCUACAACUACCUGAAAUACUUCUGUAACUGCCAUGUUUCCUGGUCCGGGGACCAGCUCCAGCUGCCCCGUCCUCUGCCCACGCUCACCGGCGUCCUGCGCAUCAACACCCCGCACAGAUUCCGGUAUUACCAGAACGUCUGCACUUUUAGCUAUUCCUCUGUGUGGUGGGACUGGCCGAGAUGGGAGAGAGAGAUUGACUGGAUGGCACUCAAUGGAAUCAACUUGCCGCUGGCUUUUACUGGUCAAGAAGCCCUGUGGCAAGAGGUUUACAGAGCUCUCGGGUUAAACCAGACAGAGAUCGAGGAGUUCUUCUCUGGCCCGGCGUUUCUCGCCUGGAACCGUAUGGCAAACAUGUUCAAGUUUGGUGGACCUCUUCCGCAGUCUUGGCAUGUGAACCAACUCUAUCUCCAAUUUAAAAUCUUAGAGCGAAUGAGAUCCUUUGGUAUGAUUCCUGUGCUGCCAGCCUUCUCUGGAAACAUUCCAAAGGGAAUCCUCAGGUUGCAUCCAGAAGCUAAUGUAACCAGAUUGGGGUCUUGGGCUCGUUUCAACUGCAGCUACUCAUGCUCUUAUGUCCUAGACCCUCGAGACCCACUUUUCCUCCAGAUUGGUUCCCUCUAUCUGGCCCAGGUGGUGAAGCAGUUUGGUACAGAUCACAUUUACAACACUGACACCUUUAAUGAGAUGACUCCACCUUCCUCUGAUCCCACCUACUUAUCUGCAGUCAGUCGCUCUGUCUUUGCCUCGAUGACCGCAGUUGAUCCUCAGGCAAUUUGGCUGAUGCAAGGCUGGCUGUUCUUCAGUGAUGCAUCGUUCUGGAGGCCAGCCCAGAUUCAGGCCCUACUACAUGGAGUGCCCCUUGGACGAAUGAUUGUACUGGACCUGUUUGCAGAGACUGAGCCAAUUUACUCGUACACCAACUCUUUCUACGGACAGCCUUUCAUCUGGUGCAUGCUGCACAACUUUGGAGGCAACAGUGGAUUUUAUGGCACAGUGGAGAGCAUCAAUUCAGGACCCUUCAAAGCCUUACAUUUUCCAAACUCCACUAUGGUGGGCAUAGGCAUGACACCUGAGGGCAUUGAGCAGAAUCCUGUGAUUUACGAGUUGAUGACCGAGUUGGCUUGGCGCAAGGAGCCGGUCAACCUGACCAAGUGGGCAUCGCUGUAUUCAGCACGCCGCUAUGGCAGCACAGAAGAGAACCUGACCACUGCAUGGAAGCUUCUGUUUGCCAGCGUCUACAACUGCACAGUUCCACAUUAUCGAAACCACAACCACAGCCCACUGGUGCGCCGGCCUUCCUUUCGCAUGAAUUGUGGUCUUUGGUAUGACCCGGCUGACUUGUUCAAAGCCUGGAGACUGAUGAUAGAGGCUGCUCCAUCUCUCAUGUCCAAAGAGACAUUCCGGUACGAUCUUGUGGAUGUGACUCGACAGGUCCUACAAGUCCUGACAACAUCCUUUUACCAGGAUAUUACUGAUGCCUUCCAGAAGCAGAAGCUGCCAGAGCUGCUGACUGCAGGUGGGGUUCUGGUCUAUGACCUCUUGCCUGAGCUCAAUCGUCUGCUGAAUAGUGACCGCAACUUCCUAUUGGGGAAAUGGUUGGAGCAAGCCCGAUCCUUAGCCAUAGAUGAGAAGGAGGCACAGCUCUAUGACAUGAACGCCAGAAAUCAGCUUACACUAUGGGGCCCUGAUGGUGAGAUUCUUGACUACGCUAGUAAAGAGUGGGGUGGCCUAAUGGAGGACUACUAUGCCCAGAGAUGGGGCCUGUUUGUUCAAACCCUGAUAGAGUGCCUGGACAGUGGACAACCAUUCAAGCAGGACACCUUCAAUCAAGCAGUUUUCCAGGUAGAGAAGGGAUUCAUUUACAACGGCCGAAAGUACCCAACCAAGCCUCAGGGAGACACGUACGAGAUCGCAUACAGGAUCUUCCUCAAGUACUACCCACAGGCCUUGAAAAGACUAUAGUGAGUAGAGACUGCAUUUUGGAAAAACUUGUCUUGUGUCACAGCAAGAAGAAUGUUUUCCUCCAGUGUGUGUGUGUGUGUGUGUGUGUGUGUGUGUGUGUGUGUGUGUGUGUGUGUGUGUGUGUGUGUGUGUGUGUGUGUGUGUGUGUGUUGCAUUAGGAAAAAAGGGAUUUUCACUUUAUUUUUGGGUCAAAUAUCCAGUCAUGCUUUAUCACAUGGGAGAAGGAAAGAUAAUUAAGACGUGUUAAUGAUUUCAUGUGUGCAUCUCUUGGGUACUGUCAACUGAUCAUAAAGGAGCUAUAUGUAAAAACUGCCCUGAACUGAGAGUGUGUCUUUGCUGAGACAGAGAUGGGGCUUGAAUAAAACUAAAUGUUCUCCUGAUAUAUCAGUCUGAAAGUUCAGAAGAUAAAUGACUUAUGAAGUCUGACUUUUACUUCAGUGAAUCAGUAAGUUGUUCAAUCUGUGCUCACAUGUCUCUUAUUGGAGUCAGUAGACUCAGGACCUGCUGCUGGCUUCCUGAAGGGGGGCAGCAGUGCCUAAACCAUCAUGACACAGAUCUCUGCUAUCACCUCUUAAGUUAAGUAACACAGUACAAAUCUGUUUCUUCCCAUUGUGUUUUUACAUAUAGCUCCUUUUUUUUCAGAUUAAAUUUUCUGGCAUAAGAUGAAAAGAUAAAUAUGAAUCUCAUGUCUGUGUGUGGAAUGUGUAUUGUGCUGGAGUCAGCACUAGCCUAGCUUAGCAUGAAGACUGGAAACUGAAGGAAACAGCUAGCCUAAUUCUGUCCAGAGGAAACAUAAACCUGACUUAAGGUUUCACAGGUAGUUAGAUGCAGGAACAAUUUCUUGAUGAACAACAGUUAAACUGCCCCUUCUGUGCUGCACGUCUUGGCACAUACAGCCAGUGAGCACAGGUUUGAGACCAGAUGUCCCAAAAACACUUCGGGAAGGCUGUUCCCCCUAGACUCCCUCUGAUACCACAAAUGAUCAUUUUUACAUUUUACUUCAUGUACAGGUUAAACGAAAGAGAUCAAGCUUAUUAAUUAAUUAGUGAGGUGAUUGAAGGCCUAGCUGCUUCUCCCCGCUUCCUGUCUUUAUGCUAAGCUAACAGUGCGCUUAGUGUAAUGUCGAUCAUUUUAUGGCUUGUUGUUCUAUGAUGGUUUUUCCUUCUAAAAAACCUAGCUUUUUCUAUGAAAAUUCAACCGAGACACUUCACAUGAACAUGAGACAUUUUCAGUGAAGUCAAACUACUACAAACAACUAGUUUUGUGUUCGAUUUGAGUGAAUGGGUGUUCUCUUUGAUAAUUGUGGUUUUAGUUUAGGACAGUCUAAAUAUUUGGGGAGAAUAAUGAUGAUAAUGAGUGUAGCAGUCACUACAUGAUCACAGCUUACAUUUACAGUGUACCAGUAAACAUUUAAUGUUGCACAGUGCUGAUUUCUAUAUUGUAUAAAUGCUAUUUUUUAUAUUCUAAUGAAUGAAACUCAUGAUUCUUUAUCUCAGGCAUGUCAUAAAGUCUUCAGGCUAUGUGACUAAAUACAGUGAUUUUAUUCUACA